CGGGGUUGGGCCAGAGCAGCCCAAGAUGGCCGACUUCGAGGAUCGGGUGUCGGAUGAGGAGAAGGUGCGCAUAGCUGCCAAGUUCAUCACUCACGCACCCCCGGGGGAAUUUAAUGAAGUGUUUAAUGAUGUCCGGUUACUGCUUAACAAUGACAAUCUCCUCAGGGAAGGGGCAGCACAUGCAUUUGCCCAGUAUAACAUGGAUCAGUUCACUCCUGUGAAAAUAGAAGGAUAUGAUGAUCAGGUAUUAAUUACUGAACAUGGAGACCUGGGUAGUGGCAGAUUUCUAGACCCAAGGAACAAAGUUUCUUUUAAGUUCGAUCACUUACGGAAAGAAGCAAGCGACCCUCAGCCAGAUGACGUAGAUGGAAGUCUGAAAUCCUGGCGAGAAUCCUGUGAUAGUGCACUAAGGGCCUACGUGAAAGAUCAUUAUUCCAACGGCUUCUGUACUGUUUAUGCUAAAACUAUAGACGGGCAGCAGACUAUUAUCGCCUGUAUUGAGAGCCAUCAAUUUCAGCCUAAAAAUUUCUGGAAUGGCCGUUGGAGGUCAGAGUGGAAGUUUACCAUCACACAGCCUACAGCUCAGGUGGUUGGAGUGCUCAAGAUUCAGGUUCAUUACUAUGAAGAUGGCAACGUUCAGUUGGUCAGUCACAAAGACAUACAAGAUACAAUAACGGUUUCGAGUGAUGUCCAAACUGCCAAGGAAUUCAUUAAAAUCAUAGAGCAGGCAGAAAAUGAGUACCAGACCGCAAUUAGUGAAAACUAUCAGACAAUGUCAGACACCACAUUCAAGGCCUUGCGCCGGCAGCUUCCGGUCACCCGCACCAAGAUCGACUGGAACAAGAUACUCAGCUACAAGAUUGGCAAAGAAAUGCAAAAUGCUUGAGGGCGAAUGUGAGAUUGAUCAGUUGUUAGUGUGCAAAAAAAAAAAAAAAACCCCAACAAAAAAAAAUUUUAAGUGUGGUCCUAUAAUGAGUACGUGGUUUAUAAUAAGCACGAUAUUUUGCUAGGGCUUUCAAAGUUAAAAGGUUUUGUAGCCUCAUGGAAUACUGUUGAACCAUAGCAUUCAUAGUCUUGGUGUUUUGUGUUCACUGUCUAAAACUCCCUGCUGUGACUGUAUUUACUGUAGAUUUUUUUUUUUUAAUUCAGCCACAAUUAACAAUGAAAGGAGAGACCUGUCCUGGAGUCAUUGUAACUAUACUGGCCAUUAAGGACCCGCUAGCCAUUGAAAGCCCUCAUAAAUAUAGGCAGGUAACGUUUGAUUACUCUCCUGGCCCUACCGUGAUAGCACUUCUGGUACUCCAGUGAUUUUUACCUAUCAUCCAAGAGCUAAAGGCGCUAUGCUGCAAAAUAUAUCUAAGUGCAAGAGAUGAUGCAUUCUUCCCCUUCUGCUAAUCUCCACCUAAUGGCAUUCUAUAGAUGUAGAUUUUAAAAUAUUUGGAAUGGGGUUUACAAAGGGACUUUGGCAGAGAAAAGUUUUUUCCCAGAAAUUCCACAAUGUCCAUCUUUAUCUGGGGAAUUUCAUUUUUUAAAUCCAAAGACUUAAACCACAUUCCCUCUAAGUGAAUUUCUUUGCUUCCCCACCCCAUCUUUCCCAAUCCCCAGUAAUAUGGUUGUUGUAGGCAUCUGCAUUUUUACAAGAUAGUUAUCCAUUUAUGUAUUUUUUUAUAUUCAAGCGCUGCUGAGAUUGGUUGGAUGGAGAGUAAAUAUAAAAACUUUAAAAAUGCAAAUGUCUAAGGAAUAAUAGAUAUGUUGUGCUUUAACGCUUUAUGGCAGGUUACUAGAGUUUGUACCGCAAGUGUAUGAACAAACAAAUGUAUAAAUCUUAAAUAAAAAAAAAAAUUUUGCACCAAAGUGAGAAAAGUUAACUUCCAAGGUGUGUCUUUCUAUUAUGACCUGUUUCUUAAUGUAUUUACUUAAAAGGAAUGCUGGUGACCCAUCUGAUUCUAAGUGAUUAAUAAAACUUUCUCCAAAUAAAAUCGAUCCACCGGCUGAGCACACAAGUUGAACUGUGAUGCAACGCCCCUUUCUCAGUGUGUGUGUGUAAGUGUGUGUGUUCUGUCUCUUCGAACACACAGGCACUAUGGAUAUGCUCCAGCUUCAUGAACUGUGUACGACCGAUGCAUUCUACAUUGUUUACACUUCUGGGACCAGGCCUUAACCCAAGGUCAUUUUUAGAAACUAAGUGCUGUCUUCCUAUUGCAAAGUAAACUUUGAGGAGAGGUUUUUUUGCUUCAAAACAACAUUGUCUUUGCUAAGUAAAAUGAUCAAGCAAGUGUUUCCACGUGUCCUGAUACCUAUGUAAAAAUUUUUCAGAAUAAAAUAUAUUUGUAUUAUUUGCCAUUCAGAAUAUCCAUCCAUACCCCCAGUCCUCUGUAACAACUAGUGCAGUAGAAAUACACCAGUUUUAUUCUAAA